AUGUCCACUGCCAAGUUUGAGUGGCACCCUGCCAAGCUCCUCGAAGAUAACGCCGGUCUCCAGGAUUUUGCGCUGCUGGUCCUCAACCAGCCUCUGAAGAAUGGAGCUAUUUUACGCAGACUCUGGAAGAACUCACAGGUCAUCCAUGACACCGACCAGGAGUCGUCUGAUUUUGGAAAGGCCAUCACAUGGAUUCGGAAAACCCAGCCAAGUGCUCUUGACAUCGUCGCACUUGGUGGUAUCGGCGGCCGUGUUGACCAGGGCCUCAGCCAGCUUCACCAUCUGUAUCUGUAUCAGACAGACCCUGCGUAUGCUAAUGGGCGGAUAUAUCUCUUAUCUGGGUCGAGUUUGACAUUUUUACUGAAAUCUGGGACGCACAUGAUUCAUGUCAAGGAGGAUGGCGAGGAUGAGGUGUUUGGGAAGCAUGUUGGAAUUAUCCCCUUGCAGGAGCCAAGUCGGAUUACCACCAAGGGAUUGGAGUGGGACGUAACUGACUGGGAGUCAAAAAUAGGCGGAAAACUCAGCACCAGCAAUCAUGUACUGCCUCACACUAAGUGUGUCGAAGUUCAUACCACGAAAGACGUACUGUUCACCGUUGCACUGCGCCCAGUCGAGGGAGAAGAGGAGGCGUGA